GGAAAAUGGCCCCGUGGUAUCACCGCACACAUACUUAAUUGUCAAAAUUGAUGAAUACACACAUACACUUACACACACACAUCACACACAUAACCUUUGAUUAGUUUUCAAAAGGUGUUUUCUUUUUUUAAAAACAAAUUUACAAUAAAUUUAAUAUUUUUAUUAAUUAUUGUGCCUAUUGAGCUGUGAUUUUGAUUAAUCUAAAGAUUAACUAGUUAGAAAGAUGUUUAAAAAAUUUGAUGAAAAAGAAAGUGUUUCUGGAGUUCAACAGCUAAAAUCUUCAGUUCAAAAAGGUAUUAGAUUGAGACUUUUGGAACUUUAUCCUCAUCUUGAGACACAUAUUGAUCAGAUUGUCCCAAAGAAAGAUGCUUUUCGUCUAGUCAAGUGUCAUGAUCACAUAGAAAUAAUGGUAAAUUCAGCUGGUGAUCAAUUAUUUUUUCGACAUAGAGAUGGAAAAUGGAUGCCAACAUUGAGAUUACUCCACAAAUUUCCAUUUUUUUUGCCAGUUGAACAAGUAGAUAAAGGUGCUAUUAGAUUUGUUUUGAGUGGUGCAAAUAUUAUGUGUCCAGGAUUAACAUCACCAGGUGCUAAAAUGAGUCCAGUUGAAAAAGGAACUGUUGUUGCUGUUAUGGCUGAAGGAAAACAACAUGCGCUAGCAGUUGGUCUAACAACACUUUCAACAGAUGAUAUAGCUAAAAUUAAUAAAGGAGUCGGUAUAGAAAAUUGCCAUUAUCUCAAUGAUGGUCUUUGGCAGAUGAAAAAUGUCAAGUAAUGAGGCUAAUAAAUUAAUUAUUUUUUUUUUUUUUUAAAUUUUCUCAAAUAAAAAUAAAAUAUUUAUCAUGAUG